AUGGUUGCCAUUACAUUCCUUCUCUUGCUUGUGCAAGGCCUCACCCAGUAUCCGCAGCAGGCCGGGGAUGGGCUGGAUGAGGCCACCCUGGAGCGCAUGCAGCAGCGUGCUGAGUAUCUGGAGCAGCAGAUGACUCAGCUGAUUCAGGAGCUGGAGCAGAUGAAGCCGGAGCAGAGUGGCGGGGCCUGGGGAGCCCUGCCUGGGUGGCAGUUCUGGGCUCUGAGCGGAAUCCUCAUGCUUCUCUUGGUGCUGUGGUUUGGACAUGGGAAAAAUCAAUGUGAUCCAGACAACCGUGGCCACAAGGAGAGGUUCAGCAGCAACAUGGUGGAGGAGGAAGAAGGAUGGAACAGUGUUGGAAAUGUGGAAGAGGGCAAUGUCCAUGACAAGCAGGAGAUGGCAAACGGAGAAGAUGAUGGUAACAAUGUGCAAAGGAUGAUGCGAAGCCUCUUAGAGGAGCGCAUACAGGAGUUUCCUGUUGUGGAUCUGGACAAAGGAUUCUCCCUGAUCGCGGACCUGGUGGACAAACUCAUCCACGUCUUUGGAGAAGGCUUGUCCAACAGUUUCUACCCGGUGCCGCAACCAGCCAUGGAAGUGGGCAGCGCCUUUGAAGGCUGCAGUCCCCAUGCACAAGAUGUUGUGUACCGUUUGCUUGUUCCCCUGAGUCCCCCUCCAGGACAUGCCUUCCACCUGGAGCUGGACACUGCAGGAGUGGUCCAGAGGCACUUCUGCGUCCGUGUGGAGCUGGUGUGCACCUGCAGGAGGGAGAGGCUGGGGGAGGACAUGCUGUGUUUCCUCCACCACCCCGAGAAGGAGCUGAGAAAGAAACAGGACCCCAGCCUCCUGCACACCCUGUGCACCGGCUGCUAUCUAGAUGUGGAGAAAACUGUCCACUGGUUCUAUGGAUUUGUGAGAGUCGCCUGGCUGCUGUUGCCUGAAUCGUGCCACUGGCGUUUAAGGUUGCAGCCUUCCAGCCGCUCCUGCAAAUUUCAGCUGAGCAAAGACAAGGAAAGCUUCACGGUUGAGAUGUUCUUUGCCGUGCGGCAAGGAGACUCAGAUGUCUUUGUGAGCAGCCAGCCUACAGAAGUAGGCAUCCCAAGCACAACAUGGCUGGAGACUUACGCCGUGGCAGAGGCAAAAUUCUUCAGGCACAUUUCCAGACAGGUUUCCAGCCUGCAUCUCCUCACGGGCUUCCUGAUGGGUGUAGGUUUCUCCAGCUGUGUCCCGAAGACAGUGGUGUUACACCUCAUGAGCACUGUACCCUUGACAGGGUGGGGCCGGAGUUAUUUUGGGCAGCGAGUGAUGGCUAUCAUGAAGUCCCUUCGCUGCUCACUGGAGACAAAACAGCUUCACCACUUUGUCAUCGGCAAUGAGAACUGUGUUAUGGAGAUCAGCUUGCCCUCUGGCUUCCAGGUGGCUGUAGCACCCAAGCUGUUUGAGCAGUCUGGAUACCCACAGAAUACCGCGCAGGAAUACAACAACUGCUGA